AAAGGAAAAGUUCCGUAAGAGGUAAGAAGAUGUCGACGGCAACACAGAACAAAAGGAAAGGCUCAAAACGUAAGAAGACGAACAGAAAGAGAGAGAGAGAGAGAGAGAAAAAAAAUUGAGAGGGAAUACAACAACCUUUGCUUCCCCUCUUAGUUCCUUGAUCGGUUUAGAUUCGAUUUUUGAAGCUACUCAAAAUCUGAACAAGUCUCUCUACUUGUUCAAUUCAAUUUGGUUUCGAUCUUAUGUAUCAGAAUCCAUGUAGUACUUUUGAUUCUGCUAAGGUAGCAACAACGAUUUGAAUUCGUUUCUCUAUUGAUUGAGUGUAGUGGAAGGUGUUGAUUGUUUUCAUUAGCGUAGAAGAUAAGUUUAUAUAAUUUCUGAAAAGCUAAUUCACUUCGAGUGUUGGAUCUGUUGAUCUCGAGCGAGAAAUGGAUGAUGUAGCUGCUCCGGUCUCACUUCACCAUCCAAUGGCAAGAAAACGCCACCCGCACUGGCUCGUGCCGUCUCAGCCACAGCCUCCCAAAGCUGAUUGGAAUCCCAGCAUGUGGGAAUGGGACAGCCACAGAUUCGAAGCUAAACCCGUAGACGACGACGGCGCUGAGGAGGCUAAUAACGUCGAUGCGAGUAGUCACGAGGGAGGAGGAGGAGAAGGAAGAGGCCUUGAUUUGAAUCUCAGCAGCACGCCGCCACCGAUCAUAACCAUGCCUAACAAGAGGGUUAAGUCCGGGUCUCCCGGGAGUGGAGGAGGCGGGAACUACCCCAAGUGCCAGGUGGAUAACUGUAUGGAAGAUCUCUCAGUUGCUAAGGACUAUCACAGAAGACAUAAAGUCUGUGAGGUUCACAGCAAAGCCACCAAAGCUCUUGUUGGGAAUCAGAUGCAGAGGUUCUGCCAACAGUGUAGCAGGUUUCAUCUUCUUUCGGAGUUUGAUGAAGGAAAGAGAAGUUGUAGGCGUAGAUUGGCUGGACAUAACAGACGGAGGAGGAAAACUCAGCCUGAGGAGAUUAUAGCUCCUGUUAACACCUCUAAUAACGCUAAUAUGGAUGUUAUGGCUUUGCUAACAGCUUUAGCUUGUGCGCAAGGUAGGAACGAUGCUAGUAGACCUAAUGGGUCUCUUGCAGUGCCACAAAGGGAGCAACUACUUCAGAUACUUAACAAAAUCAAAGCGUUACCGUUGCCUAUGGAUCUUGUCUCAAAGUUGAACAGUAUCCAAGUUCAAACUUCAGCUAUGAACCCACAAAAUGAUAUGAAUGGGGUCUCCUCCUCUUCUCCAUCUACAAUGGACUUACUUGCUGUUCUCUCCACAACUCUAGGUUCAUCUGGACCUGAGGCCAUAGCUUUUUUAUCUCAAGGUGGAUUGGGGAACAAAGACAUCAAUGAGAAGACUAAGUUAACUUCUUCUACAACCAAUUUAGAAAAGAGAACGUUGGAGUUUACUUCUACAACCAGCAGCAGUAACCCGUCUCCUUCUCAGGACACUAGACCUAGCUUAGCUCUACAACUAUUCACCUCUUCACCGGAAAAUGAGAGUCAACCAACGGUUGCACCUUCUGGAAAGUACUAUUCUUCUGCGAGUAGUAACCCCUCGCCAUCAUCAUCAUCAUCUCCGGUCAUGCAGGAGUUCUUCCCAUUACAGACAUCUCCUGAAACCAUGAGAUCUAACAACAAUUGCAGAAACUCUAGUCCUGGUCCCAGGACUAGUAACUGUUUGCCCCUCGAGCUCUUUGGUGCAUCAACAGCAAAUAACUCUAAUUAUAAAGUAUCCAAGCAUCAUCAAUCUGGUUAUGAUGCUUCUUGUGGCUCAGAUAAUUCUCCUCCCAGCUUGAACUCUGAUGAUCAGGACCGUACCGGGAAGAUAGUAUUCAAGCUACUUGGAAAAGAUCCUAGUCAGCUCCCUGGGACACUGAAAACAGAGAUCUAUAGCUGGCUUUCUAGCAUUCCAUCAGAAAUGGAGAGUUAUAUCAGGCCUGGUUGUGUUGUUCUUUCUGUCUAUGUGGCAAUGUCAGCUUCUGCUUGGGAACAGCUUGAAGAAAACUUGCUUCAGCGGGUCGGUUCUUUGGUUCAAGAUUCAGAGUUUUGGAGCAACACAAGAUUCUUGGUCAACACAGGCAGACAGCUCGCGUCACACAAACACGGUAGAAUCCGUCUGAGCAAAUCUUGGAGAACUUUGAGUUCACCGGAGCUGAUCACUGUGUCACCUCUUGCCGUUGUAGCCGGUGAAGAAACAACUUUGGUUGUAAGGGGUAGAAGCUUGACUAAUGAUGGAAUCAGUGUUCGUUGCGCGCAUAUGGGUAACUAUUCAUCGAUGGAGGUAACUGGAACAGUGCAUAGGAGUACCAAGUUUGAUGAGUUAACUGUAAAUAGAUUCAAAGUCAAUGGUCCAAGCCCUGGUUCUUUGGGGCGUUGUUUUGUUGAGGUGGAGAAUGGAUUCAGAAGCGACAGUUUCCCUUUGAUAAUUGCCAGUGCCACGAUUUGCAAAGAGCUGAAUAGUCUUGAAGACGAGUUUCAUCCAAACAAAGUGACAGAACACAGCUCAGACCGUCCAAGAUCAAGAGAAGAGGUUCUCUGUUUCUUGAACGAGCUCGGCUGGCUGUUUCAGAAGAAACGGAGGAGGUCUGAUUUUUCCCUCCCUCGCUUCAAGUUUCUCCUCGUAUGCUCUGUUGAAAGAGGUUGCUGUUCUCUCGUGAGAACCCUUCUAGAUAUGAUGGUAGAGAGAAACUUGAACAAGGAGUCUUUAGAUGUGCUGGCUGAGAUUCAGCUACUGAACCGCGCUGUUAAAAGGAGGAACACGAAGAUGGCUGAAACGCUGAUACACUAUUCCGUUGAUCACACUGAUAAAAAGUUCAUCUUCUUGCCUAACAUCACAGGACCUGGUGAUAUCACUCCUCUGCAUCUGGCUGCUUCUACGUCUGGUUCUGAUGAUAUGAUUGAUGUCCUAACUAAUGAUCCACAAGAGAUAGGAUUAUCCUGCUGGAAUACCUUGAUCGAUGCAUGCGGACAGACUCCGUUUAGCUAUGCUGCGAUGAGGAACAACCACAGUUACAACACCUUGGUGGCUCGUAAACUUGCAGAUAAGAGAAACGGUCAAAUAUCUCUUAACAUCGAGAAUGGUUUGAGACUAAGCUCAGAGGUCAAGAGAUCUUGCAACACAUGUGCAAGUGUGGCUCUGAAGUAUCAGAAGAAAGUUUCUUCUGGCUCACGUCGUUUGUUUCCAACUCCAAUCAUCCACUCGAUGCUUGCGGUUGCGACGGUCUGCGUUUGUGUUUGUGUGUUUAUGCAUGCUUUCCCAAUAGUCAGACAAGGAUCUCACUUCAGUUGGGGAGGUCUUGAUUAUGGCUCAAGCUAAGUGGUACAAAAAGGUUUUGUAUAAUUCUUCUGGACAUUGCAGUGAGUAUAGAGAAGGAAUUGGUUGGGGAUAAGAGUAUACAUAGAGCUUCAACACAUGAAUUGUUUAUAUAUUUUGGCUAAAUCAUGUUUUAUUUCCUUCUUCUGCUUAACUACACACUUCAAGUUUUUUCUUCUUUUUCUCAUUAUCAACACAGAAGCUGUGGGUAUUUACUGAAACUGUUUUACUGUUUGGGGGCUAUAUUGUAUUUGUAGAGUUGUGUUAGUAGUAGUUGAGGUGGUUGUAAACUUGUAUUGUAAUACACUUUUAAGCUAUGUGAAAAUAUUACCUUCUAAAA